CUAGAUUGACGAGAAUGUUUUAGAAGAAGACUAUGGCAGAUAGACGCGGAUUGACGAGCGGUCAUAAGAGAGAUCAAAUGACCUUCUUUAGGUCUUUUCGCCCCCAGAACGAUCAUGAAGAAGAGCCCUCAACAUCAGGAACAGAUCAAAGCACCUCGCUGCAAACAUUAAAAGAGGAGGUUGUAAGCCUUAUACAGACCUUCCCAGAGGGGGUAGAGGUGUCCAGGUUAACCUAUAUGUACAGAAGAGUCUAUGGCAAGAGGUUUGGACCCUUGAGCAGUUAUGGUUUGGCAGGCCUUCAAGAGCUUUUUGAGGAGCUUGGUGACCAAUUGCGUGUGGAAAGGAUUUACAAUAAAAACAUGAUCAAACCAGUAAACCCAGUUCCGCUUCAGUCUCUCAUGGAUCAAGGCAUAAACAUGGAUGACAGUCCUAAGAAUGCAAUUUGUCAGAAAGUUAUCAAAAUAGUGAAAAAGCACCCUGAUGGAGUUCCUCUUAAUAAGAUAGCAGAGAUCUUUGCUCAGAGGUACAAACAGGAACUUUUCCCAGCUGAACUAGGGUUCCCCUCGAUAAAAAGGUUUGUGGCGUCUCUUAGCGAAGACCUGUGGGUGGAAGAUGGUGUGAUCUUUCACAGGACCUGCAGUGCUUUUCUGACAGAUGCACAAUUUGAAAAAACAUGUACUGAGGUUGUGGAGUUGGUAAAAAGCUUCCAUGAUGGUAUUCCUCUUUCUAAAAUAUCAGUAUUUUUCAACCGGGCAUACAACAGACCUCUAAAAAAGACAGAGCUGGGGUUUCCCUCAAUAUCAGCUUUCAUUGACUCUCUCAGUACAGAGCUACAGGUAGAAGAUGGUCAAAUCUACUUCAGAAAAGCUGAGCUUGAAGCUUCAACAUCUACAGCAUCAGAUUUUAAGGACAUUGUGGAGCUGGUUCAAGAAUAUCCAAAGGGCAUUCCUCUCAAGAAGUUGUCUACAUUCUUUAGUCAAAAGUACCGGAGGAACCUGACGGUGUCAGAUCACGGUUUCCUUUCAAUCGCCUCCUUCAUUGAUUCUUUGAAAGAUGUCCUAUUGGUGGAGCAUGAGAAAGUCUUCCACAAGAAAUAUAGAGGAGCACCUGCAAACAGAACAUCUGUAAAGAAAAAAACGACAUCUGCAAUCCCAAUAACUGUAAAGAAAGUAUCAACACCUGCCCCAAUAAUUGUAGAUAAAGAACCAAUACUUCCAUUCCCAAUAACUGUAAAGAAAGUAUCAACACCUGUCCCAAUAAUUGUAGAUAAAGAACCAAUACUUCCAUUCCCAAUAACUGCGAAGAAAGGACGAACAGCUGCGAGUCCAACCCUGCGAACAAUCCCUCCAGUCUGUUUUGGAGUUGACUCCGCUCAAAAAGGCAGUGAAAUGACACAAGCAGGAACAAAGUGGCUUGCUGCACCACCACAGAAUAUCACAGAGGAUCCAAAGAUGGUGCAGCCCAAACCCACACCCAUUGGGGUUAAUAAACAAGUGGUCCGGUCCAAGACAGGGUCCCCUUUGUUGCAAUUUUCAAAUUUCUCCAUCUCCCUCAAUGCAACCCCUGGUAAUCCGUCCAUCAGGGACUUCCCAGCUCUUCCCAAACUGUCCAAAGAUGAGAAGUCGAAGGAGGGUAGGGGCCCAGUCUUCCAUGAGCCCUUCUAUAGCCAGGUGAGGGAGAUACAUGGUGCCAACAUGAGGUCAGCAGAAGCCUUGCUGAAUGUGGAAGACACCGUUAGAAGACGGCAGAAAGCCACGAGCUCAAGUGAUGUGAACAGUUUGGUGGAGGACGUUAUAAGAGCCCUUGCAGCCGAGGGAGAGCAUGUGACUACUGACAGGGUGAUAAACAGAGUAUGCUCACUUUUACAAGUGUCCUCCAUACAAGAUUUGAAGAUUGACCCUCGUAGGCAUCUGCCUGCAGUGCAGGAACUUCAGCGUACCAUUAAAGAGAUCAACAUGUUCAUUGCAUCAGUGGAAGCAGUAUCUUCAGUGUGCACACUUUACGAACUGGGUCAGAGUUUGGCCAACCUGAAGAACAAGAAGCGAUUUGAAGAACUCCACUUGGGUCCUCUCUGCAAGAUCCCUCUUAUUCACCGCUUGUUCCUAAUAGAUGUAAAUACUAAAGAUGAUGAUGUGCAUCAGAUUGAAACUGUGGACAUUCUGAGGAGUCUCCGAAUGUUCAGGAAAAAAUGCAGGACACCUAGAGUUGACCUUCCUGAAUUCCUGAAGCACCUUGCAGAUCAGUACAGCUGUGAGUCACCAUAUGAACUUGGAAUCAGGAUCCAGAGUCUUGGGCUGCCCAUUUCGACUUUGUUUAAGGCAACAACUUCCGAGUAUAUCUGCAUGGAUAAAGCCAAAGAAGCCAUUCAGAAGGAGAUUCAGGAGGAGGUGGAUGCCAGAAUGUUUAAGAUCAAGAAGAACCUUCUAGAACCAGCCCAAGGAGCUGUGCUCUUCUCCCAGACAGGCUGCUCUGAGCUCAGGAAAAAAUACGCAAAUCUUACCGCUUCUGACGCAGUCCUGGAAGUCUUCAUAAAUUCUGAAGGCAUCUUUAGUAAAACUAUGACCAAGACGGUUCAGACAUUCCUGACAUGUAUACAAAGAGACAGGCUGGCUAGAGCCUUAUUCCAGCUUGCCAUAUGCUGUGGCUCCUUGGAAGCCCCCCAGGACCUGGUAGCUAAAGAAAAACCUCAGAAAAAAGCAGAGGCAAAGCAAGCUGCGGAAGAGAGUAUCACACUCCCCACUGAAGCUGAGGUCAAGAACUACUUUCAGGAUUGUGUCUCUAACUUCAAAACCACGCCUACAUUGGCUUACCUUCGCAUGCUGGAAAAGAAAAUCGCUGAGCACUUUAGGUUCAAAGACUUCACUCAGCUACGUCAAGGAACUUUCUUUGAUUUCAUAUUUAAAAACAAAAAGGUCCUACAGGAGGCAGCAGGGGGCGCUAUCUCUGUUGACAGCCAGGACACCGGAAUGCAUGGCUUCAGACCUUGCAGACAGGAUGUGUUUGAAUUCAUUAAACAGUGUGGGGAUGGAGAUGUCAGCAGACUGCCAUUCAUUGAAGCUGCUCUGAGAAAUCAUUACAGGAUAAGAGACAGCCGAGAGCUUGGUCAUGGUCCCCUCACAUUUCUUGUGAAUUGCACCCAGCGCCAAAAAGAACUUAGCGGAGAUGCUAUUACCAGUGUGGUACGCUACGAGUGUCCUCUGCUCCCUCUCAGUUCAGGUGAGUGUGUCGCAGAUACAGUGGGUUUGCUGGGAGAGGUGAGCCGUGACCAAGCACUGGCGAGUCUGCUGUCAGUUCCUCUGCUGCAGGAACUGGGGGAGUGGAGUCAGUGGGAGCUGGUGUUUCAGCCCAACCAUGGCCCUCUCAAAGACUUCAUCGACAAGUACUGUGGUAAGACUGAACUGCUCGCCCUUGAGGUGAUUCCUGGAGUGUUACUGAGGGUUACUGCUGAGACAGGGGACAAACACUUCGCAAAAGCAGCACAGGCUCUGGACCCGGUCAGCACAGCUGGCCACUUGGUCUCCAUUGUGGUGGCUGAUGGGAUACCUAACACCCCCACAGCGCUCCUGGCCAAUCACAUGGAGAGUGCACUAAAUGUAGCGGUUGCACAGGAAGAUAUAACGACAGGGGAAGAUGGCUACUCGUACAGUGCUGUGGCUAGGUUUGUGCUUGAAUGCAUCACACAAAUGCCUACAAGAAUCUGCAAGGAACUCCUGCAGCAGGUGUUUUUGGAGCCUCUCUCUAAAGUGCUCGGUCAAGCCAAAUCUAAAACCCUCCUCCUGGAUGCCGCACGUUCAGAAACACGUCACCUGAACAAACUCCAUCAGAUGGGCCUCCUGCUCGGUAUAACUGAGUGGAGAGCUGACUUCAACAACAAACUUGUUUUACCAACUGCUCCUGAAGUGCACGCACAGAUAAAUAAGUCUGUGGUGGUGGAAGACUCCAUGAGUGACAUGUCAUCUGUGUGGAGUUUGAAUGUGUCAGAGAAUGAAGCAGAAACGGUGCUCAGCACUUCCUCCAGCAGCCCUAAAAGAGCCAGUAAGCAGGACAAUGAAAGUGAUGAUGAAGAUGAUGAUGAUGAUGAUGAUGAAGAAGAGGAGCAAAUGUUUGAGCUGUUGUCUGAGCACAGUGAAGAGAUGAACAGCAGUGUGGAGGGAGGAGAUGAGGACAGUGAAAUUCAGGCUGAAGACCAGACACCCGUUUCUCAACCAGAGAAAGAAGUGGACGACAAGCACAAAGCCAUCAUAGAGGACAUCAGGAAAACCGAGUUCGGCAUUGGUGUCGAGCUGAACGAGGAGGGUCAGAACUUAAUGGAAAAGCAACAGGCGAGACUGGGGCGAAGUCUGGAACGUCUCUCCACUGAGCUCUACAGCAAGGACACCCACUUCGUUCUGGAGCUCAUUCAGAAUGCUGAUGAUAACAGUUAUCCUGAUGGGGGAGAGCAGCCAGCUCUGACCUUCAUGGUGGAGAAAGAAUGCAUUACCAUCUUGAACAACGAGUGUGGAUUUGAGGAGAAGAACAUUCGUGCCAUUUGUGAUGUUGGCAGGAGCACGAAAGGAAAACACAAAUAUGGCUAUAUCGGACAAAAGGGCAUUGGAUUUAAAUCAGUUUUCAAAGUCACUGACUGUCCUGAGAUCCACUCCAAUGGUUUCCACAUUCAAUUCGACAAGACCAGCAGCCCCAUGGGAUACAUUCUGCCUCACUGGGUUGAGCAGGAAAGAGCUUUGGGCUCUGUUUCCAAAGAGAUUGCUGAGCACAGAUGGGCCACACAGAUCCACCUCCCUCUGCGAUCAGAGAGCUACCAGACAAAAAACCUCUUCCAUGACGUGCAUCCCUCUUUACUUCUUUUCCUCCAUCGCCUUCGUUCCAUCACCAUUAUCAAUGAGGCCGAGAAGCGAAUGGUGUCAAUGACCCGUCGAGAUCUGAGCCAUAAUAUUCUGGAGGUAACGCAUACUGGUGGUGUAGAGCGUUGGCUAGUGGUCAAGAGAAUGCUUUACCCUAAAAAGAUUAAAGAAGAUGUGGAGUCGACAGAAUUGGCUCUGGCGUUCCAGCUCAGUGAUGCGUCGUCCUGUGAUGUGAAGCCUCAGAAACAGCCUGUCUUUGCCUUUCUUCCUCUUCGCAGCUUUGGUUUCCGUUUCAUCAUCCAAGGUGAUUUUGACAUUCCUUCCUCUAGAGAGGAUGUGGACAGGGACAGUUCCUGGAACCAGUGGCUUCGCUCAGAAAUCCCCCAGCUAUUUGUGCACGCCAUGGAUGUCUUUAGUCAACACCCAGAGUUCAGUGGCCUGGGAGGUCUCUGUUACAUCCUGCAGUUUAUUCCUCAACCAAGUGAGAUCCUUGACUUCUUUAACCCAGUGGCCAAUCAGAUCAUUCAGCUGCUAAAGGGCAAAGCGUGCCUACCAGCGAUGGAGGACAAUGAGGGCAGAGUGGAAUUCAAACAGCCUUCCCAGCUUGCUGUGUGUCAGGACCACCUAAUCCAGGAUAUCAUCGGAGGGGAAGAUCUGUGUAGAAACCUGAGCCUCUCUUACCUGCAUCCUGCCCUGCAAUCAAGCCUCUCCAACUCUCUGCUCAAUGCACUGGGUGUCCACCGCCUCCGAGCCACAGAAAUCAUCACUGUCACCUGCGCCAUGGCUAGAGACAUAGUGCAGCAUGGCAAUCUUAAAUCAGAAAAUGACUUGAAGAAGCUUGCCAAGCUUUUAGUGUGCAACUUCCGUGCACUGGAGUCAGAGUAUAGAGAAGAGGACACCCUGCUCCAGUCCCUCAUAGAUGUACCCAUGAUCCCUCUGGCCAAUGGCAGUGUGGUUUCUCUCAGUUCAGAGGGAGUUUUCUUCCCUCUCAGUGAUUUGUCACAAACUCACACAGAUCUGAAGGCUCUGUACCAGGAUCUGAACAUUGUGGAGCCCCAGCUGCUGGUGUGUCUGGAUGAGCUGGGGAACUCACAGGUGCGGGAGCUGCUCCGAAGACUCAAUGUUCAUGAACUGGAGCCCCAGCAGGUUCUACACCAGCACAUCUACCCAGUGCUGAAGAGCAAAGCCUGGGAGAAAAAGCCUAAGGACAUCAUUGUCAGCUACCUGGUGUUUAUCAAACUGCACUCUCAGGAACAGGACUACAGGACCCUGGGGACAGCCAUACCAGUGUUGACCAGCAGAGGCUUCCUCAAUCCCUCAGAGAGCAAGAUCCAGUUUUCUAAAGAGUAUGGCAACAUCGACCUUCCCAGUGUGCUCCCUGGUGUGGACUGGGUCCUGCUGGACCCCUGCUAUCUGCGGGCUGACAGAGAUGUGACCGGGUGGAAAGAGUUCUUCAGUGUACUGGGAGUGAGAGAUUUGCUUAUCUUCAGAAAGGAAAAACAGACUUUUACGUUCUCUGAGCUGGCAUCCAGCCCAUGGGCAGUGGAGAGUGAACUGUGGUCUAAGCCUGCAGAUGGGGUGUAUGUCAUAGAAGAUCAGCACUGUGCAGAGUUUCAUUCCCUAGUCACUGCCAACCAGCUCCCAGCUAACACCAAACUACAGCAAAGACAAGCACUUAUCAGCCUUCUGGACAAGAACUGGGACAAAGGAGAGAAAUAUUCACAAUACCUCAGAGCACAAAUCUUGGACAGCCAGGGGCAAUCCAUGAGGAUGGCCAAAUCCUCCUUCUGCCAUUACCUCACCCAGCUGCCCUGGGUACCAGCGCGCAGACCGCCAUGGGAGGAGGGCCGCCCCGUAUCCUACCUGCAGCCUACAUCUGUCUACAUAUUUUCUACUGAUGUGCACCACCUCCUUGGAUCCCACGUUGAUUAUGUGCACAUGGUCCCCAGUGAAUUCACCAGAGCCAUAGGAAUAAAACAUACUGUUAAUGUGGAGGACAUGAUAGGCUAUCUGAAGUGUUGGUGCACUAAGGUGUCCGAGAAUCACUCAGAGGAGCCUGAGGGUGCAGAAUUCACCACAACCGUAGAGCACAUACAUACUGUGUACCGCUACCUGUAUUCUGAGUGCUCUAGCAUCCAGCUCAAAGUCUUGUUUCAGCACUCACCCGCUGUCUUCAUCGAGUAUGAGAGGAUGGAAGAUUGGUGCUCUGGGCGUUUCUACCAUCUAAAGGAGGUUUGCUGGAUUGAUCCAACAGGCAUGUUCCAAAGAUACAAGGAACUGAUUCGAAGGCCUGACAGUGGGAUACAGGAGCCCAAAGUACUGGCACCAUUUUAUACCAAUUUGCAGGACAUGAAGAGCAUGUUCAAGUCUCUCCAAGUGAACUCAAAUCCAUCCAUGAAGCAGUACGUUACCCUCUUGGAGGCUGUUUGUGAGUCGGCACCCCUUGCUACAGGAGAUGUGGUCCAAGAUGUCUCUGUCAUUUUUGCCAAAUUAGCUGAUAAAUGUAAAAUACCUGUUCAUGGAGAACAGGAUCAAGACAUUCAACUAGAUGUCACCUACUGCAGCUCUCUGAAAGAAAUGGUGUCUCACAAAAAAGUGUUUCCUACCAAGAGUAAUGUCUGGGUCACAUUAGCUCUUAAGCCCAUGAUCGCAGACAGCGCUAACUUGGAGAAGAUCUUUAAAUCACAUUCUGGGGUUUGUCUGCUAAACCUGCCGUCUGCCAUCAAGAGAGCAGCCAACAAAUCCAGGCAUGAAGGCAAGUUGCAUUUCUGUGAGAAGGAGACAUUCAGCGAGAAAGACCGAGAGUUGUUCUUGGAGAUCUGUGGGAUUAAAAGAAUCUCCCAGUGUGUGACCACUGAAGCGCAAACUGAGAACUACAGACCUUGCCCUGCCUUGCAAAACCUGGUCCGGCAGGUCAUCCCUUACAUCCAGAGGUUCAUUUUCCACCAUGCAGAUUUUGGAGAGGUUUACAGUGAGCUGAAGGAGAGUGGGAUUGCUAAACAGAUCACCUCAAUGAGUUUUGGACAGGUCGGUAAGCUGUAUAUUCAUUAUCGCCUUGAGGUGUCAGACGGGGACCCAAUCUUUGAGAGCGAAGACAUAAUAUGUCUUCUGAAAGACAAAAAAGAACUUUAUAUUCACAAAGAUCAUCUCUCAGCCAAACUGGACAUCUGCAGAGAGCUGGUGAAAUUGUUCACUGCAGAAAAGAUCUUUGCAAAAGAGCUGGAGCACUUCAUGCAGGGCCUUGUUACCUGCAUAAAUGACCAAGCUGCUUUACAGAGGUUUCUGUACAGGGAGAACACUCAAGAACUCCCCCCAAAUGAGGAACCAUGGGAGGUCCCAGCACCACCCCAGCCUGUGGAGGUUAAAGCAGAAACCAUCGUGUCAUCUGUGGUCCGUUCAUCAGCAGCUGUGCAGGAGGAGGAAAUGCAGACAGAACAGAAUAAAGAGGACAGGCUGGUGUGCUGGCCACCAAAAGCCUCUCUUAAUAAAACAGGUGGCAGCAGUUCAGGCAGCCAAGCUGUUGAGAAGGUGAUGAAGAUGUGGCCGCCUCCUGCUGCUCCUGCUUCUCUUGCUUCUGUGAAGUUGUCAGUUCCAUCAGUCUCUGGAGCUGAGAGGAGCUCAUCGAACUCGAGCAUCCAUCCACAAACUGGAGAACCACCAGUCUACAUAGAUCUGGGAGCUCAACAUGUGCAGAGUCCCAAGCCAAGUGAUAACACCCCACACACCACAGAGAUAAAGGAAGAGGCCACUGAGCAGGACGUCAAACCUGUUUUGGAUGAACAAGGAAAAACUACAUUGGACAAAACCAACCAACCACCUACAGCUGUAGACCAACACACACCACAGCCACAUCCACUGCAUAGCAAUAAUCCAACCCAGGUGUCCGAGGUGCUGUCAAGCCAGUUUCAGGGAGGUAAAAGUCUACAGCGUCCACCUGUGGUGCUUGACAGUGCAGUGUGGACCAAACCACUGACUCCAGAGGAAGUCCUGGAGGAUCUGGUUCUGGACUAUACCCUGCCCCAAACUCUGACGCUCUCCAAAGACUUUGAUGAUACAGACUGUAUUGGACAGUGGGGAGAGCAACUGGUUUUCUCCUUCCUUUCUCACUGGAAAGCCAACGGAGAUUCUACUGCUCCGACUGAAAUCACCUGGUUCAAUGAGACAGGAGAGAGUGGCCAUCCAUGUGACUUUAAGCUAACCUUUGCAAAUCAGGGGCAAAGAGCUGGUAGCACUCAAGAGAUCUUUGUGGAGGUCAAGACAACAGUCAAGCGAGAGAGAAACUUUAUCCACAUGUCUGCAAAUGAGGUGGAUUUUGCACUGAAGGAGAAAGAGAGAUAUCACAUAUAUAGAGUCUACGGCGCUGGGGAUGUACAGAAUGUUCGCCUCUGUCGUAUUAAGAACCUCGCCCAGCAUCUGCAUUCCAAAUCUUUAGAAUUGUUUUUAUUCGCAUAGCCAUUUUUUUACCUUACCCAGUUUAUAAUUAAUUUUACACUGGAAAGCUUUAAUUAUUCUAGAAUAACAUUACUGUGCACUGUUAAUAUACAAUUCUGGCCAGUUUAUAUUCAAUUACAUGUUCUUAACUCGUACUGUUUGUACUGACACAUGAUAUUGCAUACUUUUUAUUUGCCAGUUUUUAAGUAUUAUCUAAGCUGUUCUCGCUGUUCAAUUUUCAUGUAAUCGAAGACUCUGCAAAACCUGUUGUUUCAUAAAACUUUGCUUUAAAGAUGUAACUUAACUGUUUUACUGUACAGGCCUGACUCCAGCUCUCAAAUGCAAGGUUGGCCAAGCUCAUGAUUGUGGAGCUGUGCCUGGUUUGGAAUUCCGUUAUCAAGUCAGUAAAUAAAUGAAACUUUAUGAAAA